CAGAGGGCAUCCUUGCGGCUGACUGUAGUGAUUAUAAUAUCUCAAACAACGUGUUUCUUGCGUGUUUCCUGCAUUUUCUGCUCGCCGUUGAGCUCGUUCCUCCCUCAGUGGCGGACUUUAAACAAACGCCAUGAGAUCGACUCUCAGAAAGUUUCUUAGUUCGAUUCACCUUGGUCCUCGACCACCAAACAAUUCUACUACUUCUCAGACCGCCGACCCUACCAUGGUCACUCAAGGUGUCGGUUCCAUCAGUUCUCCCAUCGUCAUAUCCGAUGAUGAGGAUGAAGCUAUGAUAGACCUCCAGCUGCGAGUUGAUUCAGAUUCUGUGGACACUGACCAGAGCGAUCACCCGCGUAUUUCACCAAAUGGUAAUUCAGAGGAGAUUCCCGCAGCGAGCAAGGGCUAUGCUAUGGCCUUGAACAUGGGUUAUUGUCCAGGACGCGGUCUAGGACGCGGCCUCGACGGCCUAGUGGAGCCUGUGUGUCUUGAGGUUGGUCAGAAACGCAAACGGAUGGACAGUGGCAUUGGAUUUCAGCGAUCUCAGCUUUACGCGCCUGGCUGGUCACCGAGGAAAGGUGAUGGUAAGCUGAACAAGAAACGGAGAAAGGAGCAGCAUACGCUUGGAGCUCCUCAGCGGGUUUUCAGGUCCCAGCAACAUUGCGUGUUGCAACCCAAAUUGCUCGCCGCCCCGACUGGCCCCGCGAAUACUAACCAAGGGCCUUGGGCAGCGCUCGCAUCAAGUAGGAAAGGCAAAGAACGGGAACGCCUUACGGCCCCAUCGCCUCCAAAGCCAGCACCGAGCCCGGUGCGGCGGCUGCCUGCACCUCCUCAAGGCCCUAGGUCGAACGUUCCUUACAGUCCUCCGUUGCCUGCGGCUUCUCCGCCGAAAGGACCUCGUAGCUGGCUCGCGUCUCAAGGUCAAGGUCAAUCCCCGCCCCUGGCUCCUCAAACACCACCUAUUGCACCACGGACACCACCCACUGCACCACGGGCCAUGCAGCAACAGCAGCAGCAGCACCUUACGACCAAUGGAUGUGCUGGGCCUUCAGCUAUUGCAUGCCCUGUACCGCAGCCUGGUUAUCCUCAGAUGCAAACACAGCCAGCGAACAGCUAUGUUGACGGGCAGCCUACAAGCAUAUCAUCUGCUCCACAAUCUACGUUUCCGCAAGUGCAGCAGCAGCAGUCGCAUGGUGUCAUCUACAACCCUCCAUUCGCAGGCCCUCCAGUUCCAUAUUAUCCCGGGGCAGAACCGUCCGAGUCAUGGCACACUCAGUACGGCAUGGUGGCUGUUGCAGCACCUCCACCCCCACCCACCUAUUUCAUUGCGUACCAUGACUACUCGAACCCGGGAGUAUAUACAUACGUCCCCGUACCGACUACACCCGCUGGCUAUGCACCAGCACCUGUCGAUCCAUACGCCGCCGCGGCGAUAACUGGAGGUGCUACAGGUCCGAAGCCGACCAGCGGGCUUACUCCUGUGACUGCUGAUACAUCCACGUCUCCUGCUGGUGUCAGCCAGUCCAACGGGUACCAACUUAUAUCCGCUACCGACGCUGAUCAUGACGACGCCCGCUCGGACUCCUCAACUCCUGAGCCGCCCUCCUCCAGGAGGCUGCUCGCAGAGCCCAUGCGGAGGCCCAGGCUCCUCCACAUCGGGCAUGCCCCGGAGGCCGACCCCAACAGCAAGACGGGGACGUAUGCGAAGCGGCUCGCCUCGCAGCCGAACCCUUCAUGUACUCUCGUGCUAGACAGCAUCCCGAUGCGGUUCCGCAAUCCAUCGUGGGUGCACAAGUGGGCGGUGAAUGCAGGGGAGGCAGAGCCAGCGUGCAUUGAUGUAGAUGCGAAGAGCGGGAAGGCGCUGGUGGAGUUUGUGGAUUCUGCGUCUGCGCGGAAGGCGUUUCAGAGUAAGCUCUAACGCUGGUGUUGGCGAGAUCGAGGAGGGCGAGGUGGAGGAUGGGAGCACAAAGAAAAGCGAGGUGGUUGCUCAGAUGAGCAAGAAGCAAAAGAAGAAGUUGCAGCGGAAGCAACAGGUUGGACCGAGCCCCCAGGGAGGUUCGAAUGGCACACAGGUCAUUGCGAGUGAAGAUACCGCUGUCGACGAACAAGCGCACGCACCAUUUACUGAGCGGGAAAAAGCGUCUGUCGAUGCAGCAGCCCCCCGUGGACGUCGGUUCUCAUUCGAUGGUUUUUCCGUGCGCUUUGAUGUGUCCAAUGGCCCCCAGGAUGGUGUUGGUGUUGGUCACUUCAUCCAAGAGGACGAUGGCGAGGAUCGUGCGUCCAUUGCAUCCUCACGACCACCCUCUACUCUGCUCGUGAUAUCUCAUGAUGACCCAGGGGAGGAUGUGGAAAUGUGCUCGCCAGUGACGAGCCAUAUGCCUGGCGAUUUGCUAUCGGCAAGUAAAGUCUGU